AUGAAAGCCAUCAAUUGUCUGAUCGUCUUGUUGUUGUUGGUGUUGUCGGCCAUCAUAUCUGUGGUCAUCAGUAAAUCUUCGAAGAAUUUCUGUGAAGAAUACGUCAAAAACGGCCAAAAAAUUGAUUAUGCAUUUCGUUUGUUUGAAGACAACAAAUAUAAGAAUACAGAUUCCGACAAAUACUUCAUCAUAGGUGACAACUGCUGGCAAUUGACAUACAGUGACGGCUCUGAUAAAACCGUUACCAUUGAUUCACUGAACAGUACCGAUAAGUUUGACAGGUUGUCCGGUAAAAAUUACUCCAUGGUCUGGACAACCAUUACACGGUCUUCAAAAUUGAGUAAUACUAUGAAUGUUACCGGUGCUCUGCGCAAAAACAGCAAUUUAAUUGAUUGGCGGCUCUACAAUUUUGCCUAUUUGUAUACAACAACUAUUGAUUUUCAGCCAAACUUUAAGCCCGCACUUGUAUGGUCUCCGAUGCCUAUAACUGAAAAUUAUCCUAUCAUAACAUUUUGGGAUAACAACAACAACAACGAUAUUAAGACACAAACAUUUAAUUUUUCAUUUUAUUUACAACCGACUGACAAUAUCUAUGAGACAACCGAUCAGCAAAAGUUUGUUAUUAAUGGGAAACAGGAGAUUAAGAUCAAUAAAGUAACAAAAUUGAUGGCAAUUGUCAGACAGUAUAGUCAGUAUGAUUAUGCUAAUGGAAAGGAUGAUAAAAUAGGUGGUCAGGGAUCCAUUGUGUUCAUGAAUAUCCCCGACAAUUCUGUCAUCAAAUACUGUUAUGUGGGAAAUCCAUUCAAUGAGACGGCCUGUAAACCAAAUAAUCUAAAGACACUCAUCAAAUGUUCAUCUAAAACAACAAUAACAGCCACACCUACAACUACCGGCACUCAAACUAAUGGCCCAAUUAAUUGGUUUAAAUGGUUGAAAACUACAUUUCUUAUUGUGGUUAAUGAGAAUUAA